AUGGCCGUGCCCACCAACGACUCCGCCGUGCGCGCGCGCCUCCGCCGUCUCGGCGAGCCCAUCACGCUCUUCGGCGAGCGCGAGAUGGAGCGCCGCGACCGCCUACGCGCACUCAUGGUCCGCCUCGAGGCCGACGGCCAGUUCGACCGCCUCCUCCGCGCGCAGGAGGACGAGCAGGGAGCCCCGGGCGACGACGACGACAUGGAGCAGAUCCAGUACCCUUUCUUCACCGAGGGGACCAACCAACUGCUUCAGGCGCGCGUUGAUAUAGCUAUGUACUCGCUGCCCCGCGCUAAGGCCAGGGUCGACAGUGCCAAACGCCGCCUGGCUGGCCCCGACGAGGACCCCGAGGCAGAGGCCGCCCUUGUUGUCAAGCAGGCGGGGGACUUCGUGCUUGAGUGCAGCGAGAUUGGAGAUGACCGCCCGCUCACCGGUUGCUCCUUCUCCCGCGAUGCCUCAAUGCUCGCCACAAGCUCCUGGAGCGGGAUCAUCAAAGUAUGGAGCAUGCCACAGAUAACUAAAAUUGCAACCCUGAAAGGUCAUACAGAACGUGCAACUGAUGUUGCCUUCUCUCCAGUUGAUAACUGCUUAGCGACAGCCUCAGCUGAUAAAACUGCCAAAUUAUGGAACAGAGAUGGGUCACUCCUAAUGUCUUUUGAUGGUCACCUGGACCGUCUUGCUCGCGUUGCUUUUCAUCCAUCUGGAAAGUACCUUGGUACAGCUAGCUUUGACAAGACCUGGAGAUUGUGGGACAUCAAUACUGGAACUGAACUUCUACUCCAAGAGGGACAUAGCAGAAGUGUAUAUGGUGUUAGCUUUCAUCCAGAUGGUUCUUUAGCUGCAUCUUGUGGGCUUGAUGCGAAUGCUCGAGUUUGGGAUCUAAGGUCAGGAAGAUUGUACUGUACCCUCAUUGGACAUGUGAAACCUGUCCUAGGAGUCAGCUUCUCCCCUAAUGGUCAUCUAGUUGCAACUGCAAGUGAAGACAAUUUCUGUCGAAUAUGGGAUUUGAGGACCAGACAAAUGGUAUACUCUAUACCGGCACAUAAGAGUCUCAUCUCGCACGUGAAAUUUGAACCCCAGGAGGGUUAUUAUUUAGCGACAUCUUCCUAUGACAGUAAAGCAGCGGGCAUCCGGAUGGAGGAGAUGCCGGCGAAGAAGGCGAAGAAGAGACCGGCGGUUGUCGUCGCUCCGGGCGAGAGCGACGAGGCGGCGAUGGCUCGGUUCGUGCGGGAGCAUCCGCAGUAUGUCCAGGCCGAGCUGCGCGACAUCGUGGCGAAAAAGAAGGGGGUGAAGGAGGACGAGGCCGGCUCCUCGACUGUGAUCCCUAUCGAGUUGUCGGAUGAGGACUAG